AUGGAGUCCAUCACGUCUGUGGCCGAGCUGCCGGCGCUGGCACGGCACGAGUCCAGCAAUGGCGGCAAGUGGGAACGCCUCACGCGUGACUACAGAGUAGCCGAGUUCGCUAUAUCUGUGAUCAUGUAUGGCUUCGCACUCUUCUUCGCCAAAAUUCAGGUCGCCCAACGUGAGAUCCCGAACAUCGAGGUGCAGCUAAACGCGACGACGUCGGUAUGGGCACGGGACCCGACGAUCAACAACAAGGAGAAGGCGCAGCAAGUGCCUAUGAUCGCCCUGGUCGGCAUUGGCGUUGGGGCUCCGGUCAUCGUCAACCUGUUUAUCAACUACGCGCUGCCCAAGUUUCACCGCGUGCGCAUCAUCCCGCACGAUGUCCGUGAUUUCUUCUUGACGAUUGUGCAGUCCACGAGCAUGGCCACACUGCUGACUCAGUUCACCAAGAACAUGACUGGACGCUUCCGCCCGUGCUUCUACGACAUGUGCAAGUGGAGCUACGACGUCGUAUGGGACGGAGUGACCAACCUUUGUCAAAGCGCGUCGGGCGAGAAGGAAGGCCGCAAGAGCUUCCCAUCCGGACACGCUUCUUUUGCAUUCGCAACCAUGCUUGUUCUCACGCUUUACUUGCUGGGACGAUCAUCUUUGAACUGCGAAAACCGAAGCGAGACUAUGAUGCGGGGCGGACGCAAAACGCUGAAGCUAUUCCUCUGCUUCAUCCCCACGUUUUUGGCGGCUUGGGUGGCAGUAACUCGAACGAUCGACAACUGGCAUCAUUACGCCGACAUCGUAGCGGGGAGCAUUAUUGGUGCCGUUUCCGCUUGCCUAUCCUACAGCUACAACUACGCUUCCAUCUUCCACAGUCAACAUGCUGGCGUUCCUCUGCAACGGUGCCAUGCGGUGGCCUGUAAGGGCAAGUUGAAUUCGACCAGUAGUGGCAUCACUUAUGCGAGUAGCGGGUCACUCAGCACCGACCAGGAAAGCGAGCUAGGCAAGCCGACAAACGCACGCAACGAAUAUGUUGUGAAUGUUCACAACCGUGCCAAUAAUAAUGUCUACAGCUUGUAG